AUGUCUCCUCCCCAUUCCCCCACCAUCUCUGCUUGCUCCUCUUUGGAUUCCUCCAUGGUCGUCGCUGCACCUCAAUUGGGGAUGCUCCCCGCGACCCGGAGAAGGUUGACACAACCGCAGACGCACGCACUCGUCUCAGUCUUCGAAAUCAAGACGCAUCCAAGCAGGGAGGAGCGCGCCCUCCUCGCCGCCGAGCUCGGAAUGGAGCUCAAAGCCGUUAACGCCUGGUUCCAAAACAGGCGCCGCAGCCUCAAGAAGGCGUGGUCGGGGAGUUGUGGCUGGUCGAAGGGGUCCCUGCCGGAGAACAAGCACGUCCGACCGUUCGGCGGGAUGAAGACGCUCCCCGCCCGCGAGUCUGCGAUCUCGCUCGACCACAUCGCGUCCUCGCGCGAGCUGCCGUGCAAGUCCAAGGCCAAGGCCAAGGUCAGGGCCGCGUCCAAGUCGUCCGUCCCCCCGCCGCGGCCCGCCUGCACCCCUUCGACGCCGCAACGACGAGUGUCCCCCACCGCGGUGCCGUCGCCGUCGCCAUCGCGGAAGAACAUCUGGGAACACAUCCCGUCCUCGCCGCCGACCAGGCCGUCCUCGCCCGGCCCCGGCGACGCGCUGCUCGUGCUCGGGCGCGAAGCCCCGCGUCUGUUGCGCUCGCUCGAGUGGGCGUGCGCCAACGCGCGCGCGGGACGCCGGGUGACGCACCGCGCGCGAGCGGCCGCGAAGGCGGCGUCCCGGUCGAAGGCGGAGUGCAAGGGGGACGCGGACGUGCCUAUGCUCGUUUUGGAGCCCAGACCGCAGGCCGAGGAAGCAGAGGACGACACGGAGACGGACGAGGACGAGGACGAGGAGGCGAUCACGCCGAACAUCAGCAUGGAGCUGCUGCCCGCGUUCCUGCUGCCCGACGGGUUGACGAAAGGCGAGGAGGGCGCAGGGAAGCGGCGACGGCGAGGCAAAGACGUCGACAUGGAGGCGGCGAUGACCCUGCUGGGGAUCAUGAGCCCCGAGACGGUCGGAUGA